AUGGCAGGCUAUGGUGGAGCUGCAGACGGAACAGCUUAUAACCCUCAAAGUCAAAUGAAUUUGAGUUCACUCAAAAAUCAAAUAACAGAUGUCAAAAAGUCAAACAUAGACAUACAGAAACAAAUAAGUGAAAACGAAAAGAAACUAGAAUAUGACAGACACACAAAGAAACUCAAUGAGUUAAACGUAGAGAAAAAGAAGAAAGAAGAACAACUGAAAGAACUAAGUACAGAGGAAUAUGCGAAAAAAGUGUCAGAAAAAGCAGCAGAAGUAGCAAAAAUGGAACAAGAUGUUAUAAAUUUGAAAAACCAUACUACUCAAUAUAAAGUACUGAAAGAUGAAGAAAUAAAACAAAAAGCCCUGAAGACAUAUAUGGAUAGCGAUGAGUAUAAAAAAGAAGUUGAAGCAAAUGUAAAGGCAGAAAAACUUUUACAGUUGCAAAACCAAACCGUACAGUAUGAAAACUUAGCACAAGAAAGUAAAAAUAACGACGCGGCUAUGCAAAAGGCAAUGAAAAGCGCAGAAUAUAUAAAAGCCAACAAUGACUGGUUAGAUGCCCAAGCCAACGCUAAAGCAGCCCAACUCAUAGGGUCAAUAAGGACAAAAAUACAAGCGGAUGAAGACAGUUCAAAUGAAGCUUUAACAAAUGCUGACUUUAAGAACGCCUUCGAAGCUCUUCAUAGUAAGGUGAAACAAGUGAACGACUUCUCAUCUGGAAAGAAACUGAAGUCUGAAGGUUUCGACAAAGAGUUAAAAGAAGUAGCACAAAAUAUGACGAAAAUAACAGAUGCAGCAACGAGACAGGCAGUUCAAAGUGCCUAUGACGCCGUUAGAGCAACUGUUGUGAAAAGUCAAGAAAAAGAGUUACAACAGACCAAAACAGACCUAGUAAAUGCUUUCUUAAAAACGAAAAGUCAGGUAGGACAUUACGCUGCAGAUGGAACAUAUGUGCCAGCUGGUGGAACUUAUAUACCAGCUGGUGGAACUUAUAUACUAGCUAGUGGAACUUAUAUACCACCAAACCCUCCAAGAGAAGCACCUGCACCAGGACUACCUAAAACAUUUACAUCGUCACA